AUGAAUGAGCGGCAUAGAAAUUCAACCGAUGAAAUGGAACAAUCAAAUCGCCUGAUGAAAGCAGAGCUGGAAAGGGCAAAGGAAGAAAACCGAGCCCAGAUGGAGAGGCAAUCACAACUCCUGAAAGAAAAAGAAAAAUUGGAAAAAGAUAUUAAAAAACAAGCUCAUAUCAUCAAAGAGAAGUCUGAAGAGAAUGUGAGAUUACAGAAAGAAUUAAUGGAGGCAAACAUGAACGACUUCGUGCAAGGCGAAAAGCAAAAAGCUCUACUUACCGAACUAGAUGGAUUAAAGGAGAAGAUCAGUUUCCUCGAAAAUAAUUGUCCAAGCCUGUGGAAGAGGAAGAGAACGAAGCCUCAGAGGAAGAUCUACCUGAGGAGAGCGUCCCUCUUUCACAGCAAGUCAGUCAUCUCGGUAAUGAUGAGGAAACGCUGGAAAACCAAGGACGACGUGCGACAAGAAAAGUGA